GCAGACAGUCUUAGGAAAACAUUCAAUCACAUCGGUCGCACAAAAUGGCAACAAAAAGCGGCAUCUUCUGCCUUCACAUUGCGGCACUGCUGACCUUCUUGGGUUAUCGCACUUUGGCGCUGGUCUAUGAGGAGUGUGAGAGUGCGCCACAGCUGGGCGUCUAUGUGGCCAGCUCCAGCAAUUGCUCCAAGUACAUUUACUGCGCCGGAGCGGGCUCCUUCGAGGCCGAGUGCCUGGGUGAGCACUACUACGACGAUGUCCUCGAACGCUGCGUGGAUCGUGCUCUGGUGAAGAGAUGUCAGGCCAAGGCAUUGGAUUUGCAAGCCAACACAACCGAGACGCCAGGGAAUCGCGAAAAUGUUACGGAUUUGGCAGUCAAUGCAACGAUUUCCGCACUGGAGCAGCUGCCCCUGGCCAUAACUCUGCGACUGCUGCACAAUGCUGGGCCCUGCUAUCCGUACAUGGUGUGCUACGAGGGUGCUGGCCUGACCAAGACCUGUACGCCCGCUCAGCUGGUGUCCUGCGCUCAGCGACAGCCGGCCCGUACCAUAAGCAGCUGCCUCACUGGCGUCUACGGCUUCAUGCCGCAUCCACGCAACUGCGCUUACUUCUACUACUGCUCCAACGGCUACAAGGUCAUCCAUCGCUGUCCACUGAACUACACCUGGAACUACGAGCAGCGCUCCUGUGUGCAGAGAUCACAGCAGAAGUGCUACAGCCAGGCACUUAGACUGCGGAAGCAGAUCAAGCCGGAAUGAAAAUAGAUUUGAAAGUAGAUUUAAUUUAAGUUUACAGUUUAAAGUUAGUAUAAAUAGCUAAACGCUAAAAUUAAAGAGCUGCACAA